CCACUCCUCUGCCCCACCAAUGGAUUUGUGGCACGAAAUCGAGUCGGUCGAAUUGAGUGCGCGCAUCACGAGCCGGAAACCACAACCAAAAACCUCUCCUCAAGGUCCAUACCGGCAAUCGAGCCAUGACAAGAUAGCGACGUGUGGCCACGCCAUCUGAGAUCUAGACAAGAUGGUGCUCAUUCUGGGGGUCAACUUCAACGAGCAGAAGCUCGUCAAGAAAGCCCUCGAGUCCUUCUACGCCCUGGGACCGCAAAAGUCGGCGCGCAUCCUGGCAAAGUACUGCAUCCACCCGAUGGCCAAGGUCGGCACGCUGCCGCCAAAGACCGUCACGGCCCUCACGGCCGAGCUCUCCACCAUGACCAUCGAGACGGACGCCAAGAAGCUCGUGCUCGACAACAUCAAGCGCCUCAGGGACAUGGGCACCUACCGCGGUCGCCGCCACGCCAUGAACCUGCCCGUCCGCGGCCAGCGCACCAGGAACCAGAACGCGAACGCCAUCAAGUUCAACUUUGUCGAAAGGCGGGUAUGAUGCGGCGGCGGGUUCAGGAGGGAACACGGGGGCCUCCAAGUUCACGAGAAGCAAGGAACACGCGUUGAGCUGGUUGGCUGUACGAUUUUCUGUCUGGUGGACGGGUCGUUGGAGCUGACGAGCCGCGCAAUGUUGCGGUCGGGCGUUGAGACGGGAGUAUACUCACAGCACCGGAUACGUUUACUAGAUUUAGGCUUGAACCGCAAGAGACGGGCAUCUACUGGAACAAGAAGCGGCAAUUUCUGCCUGGAAAUCUAUCGUAAACGAAUGUUGCCUAUUUGCAAAUAUCCAAAAACACACUUCGACGCAAUACGCGUCCUAGACGUCCACAAAUUUGGCUGCAGCACCCGACGACCCCAAAGCGGGCGACAAAUCGUCCUCGAGUGGC